AUGCAUGCCGAAAAUGUUCUCAUCUUCUUUGGAUCCCUGAGGACCUUGCGCCGUGCGUUUAGACAUCUGUGGCGUCGUGAAUCGCAAGAACCCGAUGCACCCUUUCUGAAGAUCGAUGACGAUCCCUCGAUUCAAGCUGUGGACAUGCACGACACUAGCUUGCAGGUCUUUUUGGCCUUGUAUGAGCUUGGUGGCUCUCAAUGGACGAUCGACUUUGAACUACCUUUGCGCUCGGUAGCGGUCCACACUCGAGUCCGUCACGCGUGA